AUGCCACCCCUCACCACCCUCCUCUCCUUCUACACCUCCCUAACCAAAUCCCUCCUCACCCUUCUCUUCGCCCGCCUCUACAAACCCCAAGAACUCCCCCCCAGAAAUCUCACCAACCAAACCGCAAUAGUAACAGGGUCAAACAGCGGCAUCGGCCUUUCUAUAGCCAUCGCGCUCGCAAAGCAGGGCGCAACCGUCUGUCUCGCCUGCCGAAACGCUGACCGCGGCGCCGCGGCAGUCGACCACGUGGUCUCUAGGUGCGGAGAAAAGAGUAGAAAAAGGGUUUACUGCAAGCUUCUGGAUGUAGGGGAUUUAUCUAGCGUGCGUGCGUUUUGUGAGGAGUGGGAUGGACAGGUGGAUAUGCUGGUGCAUAAUGCGGGUAUUGCUGCGGUGCCUAAAGGAAGGGCGAAAACGAAAGAGGGACUGGAUGUUAUGUAUACGACGAAUUUUUUGGGGAGUUUUCUCAUGACGCAUCUCCUGGAGCCACAGUUCAGUCCAACAGCACGAGUCGUUUUCACGAGCUCGACAGGCAGCUACUCUGCUACCUCGCACUUCCUCCAAGACCCAGACAGAAAGAAAACUCCAACAACAGGCUUACUCGCAGGGACGAUAGCCAGGGCGAAGAAGUUCGUGGGUAUAGAGGAGAGCUCGGCUGCGGCAUAUGGGCUAAGCAAGGGACAACAAGUCCUCUUCGCUUCUAUGCUGCAGCAACGCUUUGGUUCUUCGUCCCACCCGAAACGCACAGCGCACGCGUUCACCCCCGGCUUCACCUCUACCCCCAUCUUCGGCAAGUUCGACUACUCUUGGCGGACAUGGUUUUCGAAUCCGCUGUUCGCAGCGCUGAAGACGACGGAGAAAUGGAUUGCGGUGGAUACGGAUGAGGGCGCGAAGACGGGGGCGUGGCUCGCAACCUGGGGCGAUGAAUUGGGCAGGAGAUGUGAGGCGGGUGCGUACUGGGAGAGGAUGGCUCGGCGGACGAGUUUCGUGGCGUUGAUGAAGGAAAAGCGGAAGAGUCGGGAGUGGGCGAUGUGGGAGAGGGAUGCUGGGGUUGUAUGGGAGGAUUGA